AUGAAUACAUCAGUAUCGUUGGAGAAUGAGUAUUUUCACUAUUUUUCAAGGUUUAUCUAUAGCUAUGUGGAUCUCAGUGAUAAUACCGCAUUGCUUAUGCUAAAAUUCUAUCCUGACGGAGUUCACAAUCCAUAUAGGAACCCUUAUAAUUAUACUGCACAAAUCUAUUCGAACUUUUUAAACAGCACGAGAACUGGAUCAGCUCAACGGGAUUAUGGAAUAAAUUUUGAAACUUUUCUAUCGGGUGUGUUAAUAUCAUUUUUAUACUGCUUAUGCCAGACAUUAUUGUUCUCAUAUCUCAGAACUAGACUUCCCAGGAUUUACCAACCUAAUGUGUAUUUAACAGAACAUCCUGUAACUCCGGCUCCAAUUACCAAGAGUAUUAAAAGUCGAUUCUUUAGUUGGGUUACUACGACUUGGGGAGCACCAUUGGAUUCAUAUAAGAAAUACGGGUUAGAUUCUUUCUUUUUCCUAAGAUAUUUGAAAGUAUUAUGCGUUUAUUUUCUUAUACUAUCUCUGGUUACAAUACCGGUAUUAAUCCCCAUUCAUUAUACAUCAGGUUACAAGGUGCUGGACUUGCCAGGUAAUUCAAGAGAGUUUAUUGCAAAACAUCGUCAUAAUGUUGAAGGAGAUCGACUCUUAUCUCAAUUUUCAUUAAAAGCAACUGGGCUUGAUGAAAUAUCCAUGUCUAAUAUAUCCCCAAGACAUUCUUCGAGGUUAAUCUUCCAUUUUAUUCUUGGGAUCUUUGCAGUGGUCUGGUUUCAUGCAACUUUGAUCACAGAGCUCGACUACUUUGUGACGCAAAGAAACAAGGCGAUUUUGGGAGAAGAUCCAGAGGCUCAGAAGCAGCAGUGUGCUAUGUUUCUCAAUAAUAUUCCGGAUAAGUUCAUGACCAAUGAGCGUGGAUUAGUCGAAUUUUUCCACUCUAUGAUUCCAGAUUCUGUUUAUCAGAUUGUAUUCAUUCCAAAAGAAUACAGGGAAUUGAAAGAUAGGAAAAAGACAGAAGCUGCUUUGUUUCAUGAAAUUGAGAGUGUAUCUUAUGAUAUUAUUAGAAAAAAAUUCUAUAUGAAGGGGUCUAUAGGCCCCAUAACUUUUGUGAACAAGUCACUUCCUCCUAACUUAGCUUCAUCCACAAGCACUGUAUGGACCGAAGAUAGAAAUGUAGCCCUUGAGCAAGCACUUCAUCAUAUCAAUUAUUCAACUGAGUUUAAAGCCAGAAUAGAAAGUAAAAAAGGAAUGAAAAAUGGAUUUUAUUUCAAAAUUACAAAAUGGAAGUUAUAUUUGAGAACGAUUUUAACUUGUGACUUUAUAUUUGGAUUACGAAUUAAAUGGUGGAAGUUAAGAUUCAAUAAGUUACGAAUAUCAAUUCCAAUAGUAGGUUAUGACCAGAUAUAUCAUAUUGAAAAUAAGUUACGAAAAUUAGAAACUGUAAUAGCCCGGUACAAUCGUAUCAUACAAAAGGGUCACAAGGAAAUAACAGUUUACCACGCCGAACAAGAAAGACCAGUAGAUUCAGAUGGAAGACCACCGUUAAAAUCUAAGCAGGCUGUUGUGGUUUUCAAAAAUGCACUACUUGCACAUAUUUUUGAUCAAUUACUUCUUUCAGAUGGUACUAGUACUAUGAAAGAAAAAAUCCUCGGUAUAAAUCCUGAAGACAUCCAUUGGAAGAAUAUUACAGUAACUAAUAGAUUGGUUUUAAUGUUUCGUGUUGCUCUUUCUAACUUUCUUAGUGUUAUGGUUAUUGUUGGAUGGGUCAUCCCUGUUGCCUUCGUUGGUUUAAUAUCACAAAUACCGUUCAUAGCCAAGCUUGUUCCAGUUCCAAGUUGGAGCUCAAAUUCAUCUUCAAUUUUUGACAAGUCACUUGCAAGUAUUGUGCCUGUUAUGACUUUGAUAUUUCUAACAGAGGGGGUACCAUUUUUAUUUAGAUGGUUUGGCUGGCUAAAGUGUUGUAGAUCUGGGUCUGCUACAGAGUUGGAUGUCCAAAAAUGGUUUUUUGCAUUUUUAUUCGUUCAUAUUUUCUUAGUGGUGACGAUAUCGUCUGGAAUUUCUGUGAUAGUAGAAAAAUUGGUGAAUAAUCCUGUUAGUAUUCCAGACUUACUUGGAACUAAUUUACCCAAAAGUUCAAACUUCUUCUGUUCAUUCGUUCUCAUUAGAGGGAUGUCCUACUUUGGUGGUAAUUUUAUGCAAAUAAAAAAUUUGCUAUUCGAGUUAUUCUACUAUAGAUGGAAAGUCUUCACACCAAGAGGAACAUUUGAGAGAAAUACCAAUAUUCAGCAAUAUCAAUGGGGAUCUGUCUAUCCAAUGUUUUCAGUUUUGGCAUGCAUUGGGAUAAUUUACUGUGUUAUUUCUCCCAUAAUAUUACUAUUUGCCAGUUUUUCAUUUGCAUUGGUUAUGUUUUCAUUUAAGUACUCGAUAAAGUACCAAUAUAACCCUGUUAAUAAAUCUGAAACAUUUGGCAAGUAUUAUCCUAUGGCACUCAUGCAAUUGUACGCCGGCAUUUACUUCUUAGAAAUUUGUUUGAUUGGUAUGUUUACAAUUUCCAAUUGUUAUAGGUUGUCCCUCGGCAUGAUAAUUGUUUUGAUAUUCACAAUCAGCGCACAUUUUCAGAUUUGGAGUAAUUACAAAUAUCACCUCAAUCAUAUUCCUGCCCAAAUAUCAAUUGAAUCCAUAGAGGCUACUCCAUACAAUUUUUGUAUCCCCAGCCUCGAAGGUUGCAGAAACAAUAUAUGGAUUCCAAGUGACAAAUACGGAGUUUCAACAUCCGUUCGAACAUUCUUGGAGGAAAAGUAUGACUUAACUUGUAGUCAGAAGGAUUGUCAUCUUGAUGAGUUUGGGAACUUGGUAGUUACAGGUAGGCCUUCAUAG